GACGAACUAAAAGCUCUCCCCCACCCCAGCCCCACUCCAAACUUCAGACAUGGCCGAACACCAAGCCCCAAAAUCCCGUCGCCUCCAAAUUCCACUCCACCCCGGCCGCCUGUAGCAAUAGCAAACAAGAAGCUACUCCGUAGAAGAAAUGGAGGGCGACGAGAUCUUUGCAAGCCUAGACUCGCUCUGGUUCCACUCCAGCGUCCUCCACCGGCGGCCGCGCUUCAAGCAGUGCUCGGAGGAGCUGAAGCCGCCCAGGAGGCAAGACCAACACCCCAAUUGCGUCGACGGCGAGGUGACGCUGGGAGCGAGAAGAGCAGAUCCGAGAAGCAGGGCGCUCGAGGAGCGCAUCGAGGCAUGGCAGGAGGAGCAGUGGCGGGAGACGCUCGUCAUCGCGGCGCCGACACGGUGCUCGCCGGUACCCCCUCCCGCCCCCGGCGAGGGUGUCGCCAUGAAGGCCCAUCUCAGGUCGUGGGCCCAUGCCGUUGCUUGCUCCGUCAGAUAAAAGGCGCUCGACCAGUUCAGAGUCUUGGAAUUUGGUACGAUGUUCCCACUGUUUUGCCUCCACAUAUACCUGAAUAAAUACACCUCGCCUAGCUUCUAAGUUUCACAUUA